AUGACGAACGACGACGACGAGCCCCGGCCACCGCCACAGUUGCCAGGUAGCAUCGAAAGUCAGAAGUUUGAAGCCAUAGCCUGGCCAGCGUCAGCAGUGACAAUGGAAAGCACUAAUGCCGCCAGUCCGACGAUUGAUGUGCUCUCUGAGACUUCCCCAUCACCUCCAGCCUCGUCAUCCACUUCUGAUGGUGUCGUAGCCGAUUGUGUUGUUUGUGGCGAUAAAUCCAGCGGUAAACAUUAUGGACAAUUCUCAUGUGAAGGCUGUAAAAGCUUUUUCAAAAGGUCCAUAAGAAGAUCCCUCUCUUAUACAUGUCGAGGUUCUAAAAACUGUCCAGUCGAUGUGAAUCACAGAAAUCAGUGUCAAUUUUGUCGUCUGAAAAAAUGCGUGAAAAUGGGAAUGAGAAGAGAAGCUGUUCAACGUGGCCGAGUCCAUAAUGGUCCACCAUUUCUUGGUUGCAUGUUUCCGCCACCAUUUCUACCACGUCCACCGUUACCAUUUCUACAUCCAUUUAUGGUAAAUUUCAGCGCGGCUGCGGAGAAUUUCUCAAGAUUUACUGACACAGAAAACAACAUAGCCCUACCGAGAAGCUUUCCAACAAUAGAUGUUGGCACAAAUUUCCUCUACAGUACGGUGGAUUGGGCCAAGCAAAUCUCAUUCUUCAACGAUCUUACUCAACGUGAUCAGAUAUCACUCUUGCAGUCCAGCUGGGUACAGUUGUUCGUUCUUUGUGCAGCAGGCAGUUCGGUUCCAUUAGCUCCACAAGAGGAACUGGCCGCAAAGGAUGGAGUUGUCUAUAUGGAGCAUGUCGAAAGAAUACGGGCACUACAUAUGGAUUUUUUCGAGAUGAACAGCGUCAAAGCUAUAGUGCUCUUUAACCCGGACACACCAUCAUUACAAGAACCGCUAAAAGUCGAAGUGAUUCAAGAAAAAAUCCAAACAUCCCUGGAUGAGUAUUGCAGAACGCAAAAAUCUCAACAGCCAAGCCGAUUUGGUCGAAUUCUUCUACGUUUGCCAGCACUUCGCACUAUUAGUGCCACAGCUGUAGAGUCGCUAUUCUUUUCAAAGUUGGAGACACCUAUCAACACACUUCUGAAGGAUAUCUUGAAUCAGGCAAUCGUGAUUCCUAAGAUAUGGCCAUAUCCGAUAUUCCCGCCAUUUCCACUUGCACCUCCCACAUAA